AUGGAAAACAUGUCUUACACUGAAACUUUCACACUCACUGGAUUUGGGGACAUGGGUAAUACAAAAUAUGUAUAUUUUGUCUUUGCUCUUAUAGGGUACCUCUUGAUAGUCUUUGUAAACAUAGUUCUUGUUUUAGUAAUAUUUCUGGAAAGAAGCCUUCAUGAGCCUAUGUAUAUCUUUCUCUGUAGUUUAUCUGUUAACGCCCUUUAUGGAACUGCUGGUUUCUAUCCUAAACUUCUGGCUGAUCUUCUAUCAGAGACCCAAGUGAUUCCUCAUGCUGGAUGUUUCAUUCAAAUAUUUGUUAUCUAUGGUUAUGCAAUUGCUGAAUUUACCAUUUUAACAGUGAUGGCAUAUGACAGAUAUGUGGCCAUUUGUAAACCUUUACACUAUACAAAUAUCAUGACAGAUAGAGUUGUUUGUAAAUUACUAUUUGGUGCCUGGCUAUCUCCAUUCUGUAGCAUGGCCCUUGUUCUUUUGUUUUCUUCAAGACUGCCUUUGUGUGGAAACCACAUUGAAAGACUGUAUUGUUCCAACUGGUCAGUUGUUAAACUAUCUUGUGUACCAACUACUCUAAACAAUAUUGUUGGUUUUAUAAUUACUAUUUGUGCAAUUUUUCCACCUCUGUUUUUUAUAUUGUUUUCCUAUGUACAAAUUCUUAUUGUUUGUCAGAAAAGCUCCAAGGAAUUCAGAAGGAAAGCUCUCCAAACAUGUCUCCCACAUUUAACUACACUGAUCAGCUAUUCUAUCACCAUGCUUUGUGAAAUAGUUCUUAGCCGUUUAGACUCUAAGGCUUUACCCCAAAUUGUUGUUAUCACCUUGUCAUUAGAGUUUCUAAUAAUUCCUCCGCUUUUGAACCCACUCAUGUACGGUCUUAACCUGCCAGAGGUACGCAAAAGGGUUAGCCCCUCGCAGGGUAUCCCAUGCGCACAGGCUCAGCAGGCACCCUCUCGCAGCCGCUCCCCAUCUCCACAGACGGCGAAGCGGGUGAAGCGCUCGAGGCAGGCGAGGGACAUCAUGGACCUGAAGGCUGCCGCCGCUCCAACCGCGGCUCCGCCAGCGUCCAUCCCAGUACCAGCCCGUCUCCCUCAGAGCACCCCCAUUUUCGAGCUCCAUGUCGGCCCUGAUGGGACAUGCUGCAAACUUUUUGCAGGUCCCUUGGGCAACAGCAGCUGA